UUCUUGACACAAUGCCCACUUAACCCGGAAGCCAGCCGCAUCAAUGUCCCGGAGGAAACGAUGCACACCUGGCGACCAAGUCAGCGUGCCCUGUGCCCGGCCCGCCACAGGAGUCGCCAGUGCGAGAUGGGACGAGGACAUCCCUGCCGUCCAAACCCUCCCCUAACCCGGCGACACUGGUCUCCCGGUCGCGGCCGGCUGCGACAGAGCCUGGACUCGAACCCUGAAUCUCUAGUGGCUGUGAUGCAGUGCCUAAGACCACGGCACCAUUCGGGAGGCUUCACACUUCUAAUAUGACUAAAUCUGCCUCGACGUCUAACCCCUGACUUCUGUGACCUCUAACCCCUAACAGACCAGUGAUUUCCCAUCAUCUUGAGGCCAGGACAGCGGAGGCCCUGCCCUUGCUGCUAACCAGGGUAAUGGAGGCGGUGCGGAGACAGAUGGUGGAGUGUGACUUCAGUCCAGAGUUUCUCCAGAAACUUCAAGGUUUCUACCAGACCCUCCCCCUUCCUCCCAGCUGCAUCUCUCUGAGAAACAGGCUGUGUGUUCUCCCCUGGUCAGAUGUCCUGCUGGUCUCAGUGUUAAAGGGACAGAACGUGACGGGGAUCCGACCAGGAAAAGGGAAGAAGGAGCCGCUGACUGAAUCUGCCGCUGUUGUCCUGCUGAGAGCUGAAACAUUACAGAGACUCAACAGGUACAGGGAGUUGACCCGUUACCUGAAGGUGGUUCAUAGUGGGAACACAGAACUUCUCCAGGCGGUGCGGGAUCUGAUCCCUCUCUUCCUGAUGAAGGCCGGGGACUUUAGCUCCGCCCUCUCCUCCUUCUUCUAUCCGCCCCCUGGGGUCUGCUGCCCCGUCUGCCGCCUAACGCCACGCCUCUUCACCCUCUACCUACGCAUCAUCACCACGGCAACCGCGCCCAGCGCCACCGCUGCCAUUGCAACGCAGCCCCUCUCCCCCGACACUCCCUGGGAGGAGGUCAAAGGUGCUGUGGUUCCCAGGCAGGUCGAGGUGGUGAAGUUUGGCCUGAGGGUUCUGAAGAGCAACAUGGCUGUCUACAAGGACUCUCAGAGUUGGGCAUACUUUCUCCACGUGCUCAAUUCUCCUGCUGGUCCUCCUGACACUGCCUUUCUGACGGAGGCGAGAAACGUUACCAUGGAGAUCCUGCUGAACCAGGGAUCUCUGGGACACCUCAUCCAGAUCCCACGGACCUUCCUGAUGGUUUAUCCAGACCAGGCCCUGUUGCUGUUGGUAACUCAGGGUCUGGCGCUACGGAUCCUCCACGAACCUUUGACCCCCGCUCUACCCGUCCUCAACUAUUACAAGGGUCAUGUGUGGGCCUUGAGGUGGCUUGUUGGGUUCCUGUCUUCGUCUCCUGGAAGACUGGAGUCCUUCCUCAGAGGGGUAGCAGUGGAGCUGCACAGCACUGAUGGAUCCCAGCUGUCGUUCUCCUUCCCUUCUUCCUCCCUGAAAGACCAGCCUGACCCCUUCUGGCACUACCUCACAGACUUAAUCAGAGAGACUCUAUCUGUAAUCCCGGACUGCAGCAGACUGGACCUGGAUCAGACUGGAGUGUGACUCAGACUGUGUGUGCGCGCGUGAGAACAUCUCUGUACACGUGGAAGCAACGAAGAAGAGGACAAUGAUAAUAAUGUGUUUAUCUGACUGUUAAUAAGACCUUUUGUGCCUUUUUUUUAACUACAAAUAAACAGAUAAUUUUAUUUAUCCAUAUCACCGGA